GUUAUUAGCGGUGUUUUUUUGAAAAAGAAAAAUGUGAGUUAUUGAGUGACUCGCUCGUAUUUGGUAUAAUAAUGAUAGAACAAGUGAAAAGAUGAUAACUCGUGUAUUACCGGUCAAGUAUCGCAUAAACAGACACUUGUGGCAAUUGUAUUGCCAUCUGUUAUGUGUCGCAUGUACGAAGGUUAACGCUUUGAACGGCACACGCGAAUACUUUAUUCCUUCCAUCCACCGGCAUUUCCGUGUGUAAUAACGACCUUUGUUUCUUUUUCAUCAGGGUCGCGAAGGUACGGGAGUAAUGGACCGUGCCUUCAAUUUGUCGGGCUUGCGGAAGUUGCUGCACGACACUCUGCUGACCACGGAGCAGGUGAAAGAAAUGCUGAGAAAGAACUGCGAGGAGGCGGCGUUCGCUUUGAAGCCGUGGCCGGUGAAAAUUGUCGAGAAGCGAGAAGAUGAGUGCACUUGCAAUUGCAAGAAAGUUGCCGUAGAGAGCGAAGUCGAGGAAAUCGCCGCGGGGAUAGACAUGGCGAUUACUCUGGCGCAAGAUUUACGAGAGCAGGUGAAGCUCGACGUGGCGUUUCAGAAGAGACCGUCCAAGAAAAACCCUUUGGGAAAAGCGUCUUUAUCGCCUGCUGCGCCGGGUAGUAGCGGCCGCAGAAACAUUCUGCAUACAAACGUCAUGACGCAGAAAGCAAACAUUGCGAAGAGUGUUGACAGCAGAAGGUCGUCGGCUGCUUGCCAGAGCGGCGCGGUAGCUUCCGUUGCUCCGAGAAAUAUAAGCGAGAAAAAACAAUCGAGAGCGUCGCCCGCGAAGAGCAUCGCAAAGCCGAAGAGCGAGAGGAAUUUUAUCCUGGAAAACAAAUUAAACGUUAAAAAGAUAAUUGCGCUGAAUAAGCCACAAGCUGACGCUCGUGGCUCUAAUAAUGCCCCCCCACAAACUUCGAGAACAUCUCUAUCGCCGGCAGCAUUGACUCCCGAAUUGAACAGCUUGAUACACAAAAUGGCGCAAAAAUUUACGGAAGGUGCCUUAGCUUCUUCCUCGGACGAUAGCAAGACUAACAAUUGCCCAUUACAUGAUAAUAAUCAAUUCGUUGAUACUGUUUGUCGCACUGUUAUGAUAAACGCAGCCGAAGCGCUUCGACACUUUAAGGUGCCGAGCGAGAUUGUCAAAACGUUAGAAGCUACCCACGCAUUUUUAGAGAAAACUGACGCGAGAAACCCGAAUGUUAUUGGAGAGGAUAAAGCUGAGAGGUCGAUCGGUAAUUUUCUAAAGGAAUUUGAAGCGAUGAACACAUCUGUACGAGAAAGCUUGAGAGAAGCGUCGCCGUUGAUCGAGGUGACACAUGAGUCGAUUUCAUUGCUCGGCGAUAUCUUUACCGGGAAAUUAGAUCCGAUGCAACUGAACGACGUGCGGAAGUGGAUUAAAAAAUCGGAGGCUAUCUCGAAACCGUACAACACCGAAAACCUGACCGAAGAUCAUCACAUCAUUGAGAAACCAUCUUGUGACAUCUCGUUUCCUCUGACAAGGGAAUGGAUGUCGAACGGCGUCUGGAAUGUCUCCUGUGUGAAACAAUUCAAAUGUUUCUCCGAAGCGAACUGUAUAACAUACAGCGACGAGAGGCAAUUAUUGGCGCUAUACGAAGCGAUGCAGAAAUUACAACGUACGAAGUACUUGAACGCGUUGAUUCAGACUGUAUUGCGCGACGUAAUACCGGCGAUUAAAUCGCAUAUGGACCCUGCGAGCGCGGAAUACGCGCGAGCGUACAAAACGAUGUUAAUCCUUUGUCAGGGUUUGAAUCCCCAAGUGCCAGUUUUAGUUAAGACCGAUAGUUAAGCCUUGCGCACGCUACGAUGCACACGUGUGCUCUGUGUUACUAUAGUAACCGUUAUAUAUUUGUUUAGCUAAUUCAUACAGCCACUUCCUAGGGCCACAAACUUGCAGAGUUGCGGUACUAUUAAUAAGUAAGCAAAUAAGGAUUAUCAUACAUCAAUAAU